CAAAAUGAGUGAUUUAACUGAUUUGAUGAAAAAAUUCCGUGAGAAAAAGGGAAUUGAUGAUGCAACAUUAGCAAAAAAUCAAGAAAUAAAAGAGAUUACAAAUAGAGCAAAGGCUGUUGAUGCAGAAACUGAUUUAGAACGAAGGAAAAGAGAAAGACGAGAAAGAAGAGAGAGAGAAGAAAGAGAAGCAGCAGCAAAAGAAAAAGCAGGUUCAAGCACUUCUAGAGUUGAACGAGUAAGUAGUAGUGCUGAUACAGCUGAAGAAGCUCGUGAGAAAAGAAGACUUGAAAGACAAAGACAAAGAGAAGAAGAAAAACGAAGACUAGCAGAAGAAGAACGUAAAGCCCAAGAAGAGAGAGAAGCAAGAAGAAAAAAAAGAGAAGAAGAACUUCGUAUUGCAGAAGAACAACGAGAGGCUCAAAGAAAAAAAGAAAGAGAAGAACGUAGAAAAAGAUUAGAAGAAGAAAGAAAAGCAUUAGAAGGGUCUUCUGUAACUGAAAGAACUGAACGAGCUGCACAAAAAUUAAAACAAGCAACGUUAAUUGGAACUAAAGAAGUUAAUAAAGAUUCAACUGAAACAAAACAAGGAAACCAAAACAUUUCAAAUAAUGAACAACAAACAGAAGAAAUUCGUUCUGGAAAACAAAGUAUUCAGUUAAUUGAAUUAAAGGCAAAUAAUGAAGCAUUAAGAAAACAAGUUGAAGCAUUAACAAAAGAAAAAGAAGAUUUCCAGAAAGGUGCAGGAAAUAGACAAAUUGAACUUGAAAAUAAGAUCAAAGAAAAUAUUAAAGAAAUAGAAUUAUUAAAAGGUGAUUUAGAAUUGUAUCGUGGAAAACAAAAGGAGAAACCAUUGUUCCAUACUAAACCAUCAAGAAAUUUAGAAUGGCCUGAUGAAUUAAAAAUGCCAGUUCUUAAAGUUGGUGUUAAAGCAAUUGGUAUUACUGGUUCAGAUGAUGCAUAUAUUGGUGAGAUUAUUGGUGAUAAUGGAAAUAAAUGGCAAUUUACUGAAACAUUAUCAGUUUUAAAACAUAAAGUAUUUCCAUCACCAGAAGUUAUGCAAGAAACUAUUGAUAAUUUACUUAUGGUUAAUAACAAUCUUAAGAUUAGACAAGAAGAAAUGGAAAAAGAACAUCAGAGAUAUGUUAAAGGAGUUGAAAAUGAAAUGAAACAAUUACGUGCUGACUAUGAAAAGUUAAGAGACGUUUAUGGUGCUGAUGUUGUUAAAAUGCAUGCCAAUAUCAAUAAUAGAGUUUCUAUGGCAUAUGGAUUAGAAUGUAAUAUGGCAGUUCAAGUUGCUGAAGCUAUUAAAGAUGUUAAAGAUUAUUCAAAAGGUAAAUUAAGAUGGUAUUCAACAACUUCAAAGAGUGAUGAUAAAUUAUGGGCUGAUUUGAAGAGAGAAAAUAAUGAGAUGAUUAAUUAUCCAAAAGGAAGACACGAUUUCAAAGCUCGUUUAUUCCAAUUUUAUACCUCAGAAGAUAAUGAAUUAUUAUGUAAUGAAUUAAGGUCAUAUAAACAAGAAGAUUUGACACAUGGAAAGGCAUUUAUUCUUGAUACAUUUAAUGAAGUAUUUGUUUAUUAUGGAACUGGCUGUCCAAAAGAAGAUAGAACUAAAGUUACUUCAGCAGCAUUAGCAUAUAAUAAAUAUAGUGAUGAUGGAAGGUCAGUCAACACACCUGUUAUUCAAGUUGAAAAUGGACAAGAGCCUGUUCGUUUUAGAUUACAGUUCAAAGGAUGGGAUCAACGUAAAAUUAUUGACCGAGAGACUCAACAAAAUAUCUUUACUGAUAAUGGAAAGUACUUCGGUUAUGCUCAACUCCUUAAUAGUGACAAACUUCCUGAUUGGGUAGACCGUUCUUGUUUAGAAGAGUACUUGAAAGAUGAUGAGUUUAAAGGAGUUUUUAGAAUGGAAAGAAGUGAAUUUAAUAUGUUACCAAGAUGGAAAAAAGAUGCUGAACGAAGAAAAGCUAAAUUAUUCUAAUUAAUUUUUUGAAGCUU